AUGAAGCACAAUAACCAGCUUCCAAAUGGCCACUUUCACAAGGAUUGGCAAUUGCGCGUUAAGACUUGGUUUGAUCAGCCAGGACGUAAGAAGAGAAGAAGAAUUAACCGCAUUCAAAAGGCUACUCGAAUCGCUCCACGCCCUACCGAACUUUUAAGGCCUGCAGUAAGAUGUCCAACUAGAAAAUAUAACACCAAAUUGAGAGCUGGUCGUGGAUUUACUCUCGAUGAACUUAAGGUCAGCAUUGGUGAAAUAAUUUCUGUGUCAGAGAUUCUUGCAGCAGGAAUCCACCGUAAGGAGGCACGUACUAUUGGAAUUCCUGUUGAUCAUCGGCGCAAAAAUCGAUCAGAAGAAUCACUCCAACUUAAUGUCCAGCGAUUGAAGCAUUACAAAAGUAAACUCAUUAUCUUCCCUAAGAAAUCCAGAAAGAAGAAGGACAUUGCUGAGCCGGCUGAGAUUGCAACUGCCACUCAGCAUAAGGGAACCGUCUUGGCAAUCCAACAAGUGUGGCCUGAAGUUGAAGAACGUGCUAUCACUCAGGAAGAAAGGACUGCUAGUGCUUACGCUACUUUACGUAAAGCUAGAUCCGAUGCCCGUCUUGUUGGUGUGCGUGAAGUUCGCCGUAAGGCAAAGGAAGAGGAGGAAGCUAACAAGAGAAAAUAA